AUGGAAUACAUCCGAAAGCUGCACAAGUACAAACCGUUCCAUUUUGUGCCUAAGGAUCCGGAAUCGGGCAGUAAAGUGAUCAUUGACGUAAUUGAGACCUUUCUUCGGCGAUUAAUUGGAGUCUCCAUAUUCCAGCGUGAAUGGAAUUUUUUGAACUUCAUGUUCGUGUUUGGUAUCACAAUGUUAGGAAUUUACCUAACGUGCAUUUUUUACUCUUGCUAUCUCUAUCGCCACGAUAUUACGAAUCUCCUAUUCUGCGUCUCAACCUUCGGAUUCGGUUGUCAGGCAAUGGUGAAGAUAUUCUUCUUCACCAUUAUCCGCAAAAGAGUGAUUGCGUUGAACGAUUCCAGCUCGAAGCACUAUAUCUUUACAAUGCAUGAAAGUGGUCGUGUGCAGGGUGUGAUUUGCAAAAACCUGAGUCUCAUCUACAUCAUCAUCAAGGGAACAAUUUACGUGUACUUUUUCUUCGUGCUAGCAGCAGUUUUUCUACCAGGAUUCGCGUCAUUAUUCAUAACAGAUACACUCCUUCCUUUUGGCUUUAUCAUACCAAUUCUAAACCCAGAUAGCUGGACGGGCUAUAUCUGCAAUUAUAUAGUCCAAUCUAUUGCUGCUUACUAUUACUACGGAAUAUCGGCGGGAUCAGACAUUGGUAUCAUUUAUAAUCUACUUACUGCCUCCGGACAGCUAGACUGCAUGAUGAUGCUCAUAGAAGAGUUGAACGAUCAGCUGACUGAAGGAGUUGAAUCUACAACCAUACGUCAGAAGAUAGUGAAGAUCAUUAAACUGCAUCAGUUCCAUCGCGAUUACCUGACGGAGCUGAUGCACUUUCUUUAUCUGUACCACGUCGGUGCUAUCGGGUUCACCGUUCUAACCGUUAUGAUCUCGGUAAUGGGAAUUACCGACACGUUGAUUGAAACGGUUGGAGCUAUCAAAUGGGACAAACUGUCCUGCUCUGGAAUGAAGCACAUGAACCUGGUGCUGGCGCUAUCGCAGAAGCCAAAGCUAUUGAUGGUGGUAACGACUCCUCUGAAUAUUAGUACUUACGUACAGGUACAUAAGAUGAUAUACUCCAUGAUUAUGAUGCUUCAAAAUACUAAGUAG